AUGGCUCAAUCAACAAAAGCCACAAAGCCAGCUCCAAGCCCCGAGUUAUCUGCAACCACACGUGCAGCAAUUGUCAAAGCCCUUGAAAAUGGCGAUUCAGCCAUCAAAAUUGCAAAAGAUCUACGCGUCGCGCGAUCCACUGUUUACUGCACAAAAACGCGCUUUCAAGAACGCAAAGAUAUGACCUCAAAGCCUAGAUCAGGCCGUCCUUCUGAGUUGAGCGACCAGACUACACGAUACAUUGCGCGCUUGGCGAGGAAAGAUGAUCGGCCCAGUUGGGCUGCUAUUGCGGCCAGUGUAGAUGGGGGACUUUCGAGGUCAACAGUGAGGCGUAUUGCACGCGGUCAAGGUGCUCAAAAAGACCCCAAAAUAAAGGUUCAACACCUACGGUGA